GGGUUAGGGGGGGGGGGCCAGCAUCAAGCCACCCAUUUCGUGGAGCCGUCGUGGGGCCUGCAAGGGGCUUACAGCUACCCCUCGCCCAAUCCUCCAACGUGGGGUCGACGAAUUGACCCCUCACCAGACGCGCUUCCCAGUGUUUCCCACCCUGUCCUGACCGCCUCGUAACCCCUCCACGUCGUCGUGUCGUGGCCACCGCCGCCGUCGUUGUGCAACUAACUUGUCGACAACACAAUUGAAAGCAACAAAGGUCAGAAACUGCCUGCUAGCUAAAUACACAUAAAUACGUUCAGCAGUCUGCGAAAUGGCUUCCCCGUACCAAUACCCGCCGCUAGCCGAGCGCGAGCUCAAGAACACCAUCUGCCUUUUCGAUGUCGACGGCACCCUCACUCCUGCUCGACAGGACGUCUCGCCCGAGAUGCUCGACCUGCUGGCGCGGCUGCGGCAAAAGUGCGCGAUCGGGUUCGUCGGCGGCAGCGACCUGGCCAAGCAGCAGGAGCAGCUCGCCCUCUCACAAGACGUCAACGUGACGACGCUGUUCGACUUCUGCUUCAGCGAGAACGGGCUGACGGCGUUCAAGGAGGGCGCGUCGCUGGCGUCUACCAGCUUCAUCCAGUGGCUGGGCGAGGAGCCGUACAAGGAGCUCGUGCGCUUCGUGCUGCACUACCUGGCCGACCUCGACCUGCCCGUCAAGCGCGGCACCUUUGUCGAGUUCCGCAACGGCAUGGUCAACAUCUCGCCCAUCGGGCGCAACGCCUCCAACCAGGAGCGCCUCGACUUCCUCGCCUACGACAACGUGUACGGCGUGCGCAAGGCAUUCGUCGAGAAGCUGCGCGAGCGCUUUGCACACCUGGGGUUGACCUUCUCCAUCGGCGGCCAAAUCUCGUUCGACGUGUUCCCCAAGGGGUGGGACAAGACCUACUGCCUGCAGCACCUCGAGAACGAGGCGCGCAAGCCUGGCGGCGUGCAGUACACGAUGAUCCACUUCUUUGGUGACAAGACCAUGGUUGGCGGCAACGACUACGAGAUCUACUCGGACCCCCGCACCAUCGGCCACUCGGUCACGGGGCCCGACGACACCAUCGCCGAGCUCAAGGCACUGUUUGGUCUGUAAAGGGGGAAGUUUUAAAUUUUAAAAAAAGAAUUAUAUCUUUUUCAGUGCCAUACCCCCGCCUCCGUCCCGGUCAGGUCUGAAAAUAAAAGUUGAGAUUGAAAUGGUAAGUUUGGUCUAAAGAAGGGGGUGAAAAGGGGGGAGAUGAUAGAGAAGAGAAUAAACAAAACAAACAAAAAGACAUUUCCUCAUCCAUCUAGAUCAAGAGGAGGAUAAAGGAAAGAGAAAGGUCCAGGUCAAAUCUAGCAGCUAGCAUCUAGCACUCAUCCAUGCCAUAAUGAAAUACACGUUAAAAGCAGAAAGCGAG